GGCUCGAAGGGGGGAGAGAAGGAAAAAAAAAAGCCGCUUUGUUUAAAUGUUUUGAUUAAGUCUUCCGUUUUUAAUUUUUUAAAGUCCGUCCGUUUUUAAGAAAUAUUUUAAUCUAUUUUCUUUUUAUGAGAUUUCCAUAAUGAGUUACGAAGACAAUAUCGCAAGGAGAAGACAAGAAAAUCGAGAAUUAUUGAAACAAUUGGGAAUUUUUAGUUUGCGUCAAGAACAUCGGGUUGUUAAAAGCCCCGAUACAUCACAAUCUCCUAAAAAAUAUUUGAGGAAUGUCUCAAAAGCAUCAAAACCAACAUUUAAAGCUUCUGAUUUGAUUCCCAGAAGAAAAUCUAGUCGAUUGCUUGGGAAAGAACCUCAAAAAUUUUCUGAAGACAUUCAUUUUGAUGACGAGGAGGAUAUUGAUUUUUCUCCAAAAGUCAAACCCAAAUAUCAGCCACCAAAGGAAAGAAUUAAAAGAGAAAAUGUUUUUGGUGCUAUACAUGGUGUACCAGUAGGAACACUAUUUUCUACUCGAAUGGAAGCAUCUCAUGCUGGAAUACACAGGCCCCCAGUUUCUGGUAUUCAUGGCAAUCCAUUAGUUGGCUGUUAUUCUCUAGCUCUGUCUGGUGGAUAUGAAGAUGAUGUAGACCUAGGAGAUAGUUUUAUUUACACUGGAGAAGGAGGAAGAGAUUUAAGAGGAACUAAAACAAAUCCAAAGAAUUUAAGAACAGCUCCUCAGUCAAAAGAUCAAGUUUUAGAGAGAGGGAAUCUGGCAUUAUCAAAAAAUGUUGAGAAUAAUCUUCCAGUUCGUGUCCUUCGAGGCUAUAAGCUCAGGAGUAAAUUUGCUCCAGAGGAAGGAUAUCGAUAUGAUGGUCUUUACAACGUAGUAGAAUACUAUUUGACUACUGGUAUUUCUGGAUUUAAAGUAUACAAAUUUCGUUUGGAGCGUAUUAAAGAUCAAGAACCUGCACCUUGGGCAGAGGAUUUUGUGAUGCCAGAACCAUUAGAAAACUCGACUUUUUCUCCUGAAAAAGAAAAUGUCUCAAAAGAAGACCAGCUGCAGAAUGAAGAGUCAGAAGCAUCAGAUAGCUUAGCAUUUUGUCCUGAAAAAGAAAAGGAAAUAAAAGAAGACAGCCAACUGCAGAAUGAAAAUUGAGUUAUAUGAUUUGUAUAGAUAUUUGGUGGCACAAAUAAAGAUAUUUUUUUAUUCUUGA